AUGAGGUCUUUUAUUGCUGCCGUGCUCCUGGGUGCAGCGAGCGUUGUGUCUGGAUUAUACGUCCCGCCGUAUACCGGCACGACUAUCAAAGGCAAGCAGUUCCCGAGCCUCAUCGAGGUGGACCUUGAGGAGCUGGUAGACGGACUCGAAAGUGGGCUCUUCACCAGCGCCGACCUGGUCAGGGCAUAUGAAGCUCGAAUCAUGGAGGUUAACAGCACAUUACACAUGGUCACCGAACUGAAUCCGGAUGCUCUCACGAUCGCCAGCCAGCUCGAUGCUAUGCGAGCUAAUGGUACAGUGCUUGGACCGCUUCAUGGUAUUCCGAUAUUGAUCAAGAACAACAUCGCUACCGACGACAAGAUGAACAACACAGCUGGUUCGUGGUCGUUGGUUGGUAGUAAAGUACCACGAGACAGUACCAUGGCAGCGAAGCUCCGGAAAGCUGGUGCAAUCAUUCUCGGCAAAACGAACUUGUCACAAUGGGCCAACUACCGCUCUGACAACACCAGCAAUGGCUGGUCCGCAUAUGGAGGCCAAACAUACGCAGCAUACUUCCCCGGCCAAGAUCCCAGCGGCAGCUCUUCUGGCUCUGGUGUCUCUAGCUCGAUCGGCCUAGCCCUUGCAGCCCUAGGGUCCGAAACCUCCGGGUCUAUCCUCAGUCCUAGCGAUGUAAACAAUCUCGUCGGUAUCAAACCCACAGUCGGUCUCACAAGCCGCUACCUAGUCAUCCCAAUCAGCGAACACCAAGACACAGUAGGCCCUAUGGCGCGCUCCGUAAAAGACGCAGCCUAUGUCCUCCAAGCCAUCGCCGGCCCAGACCCAAACGACAACUACACCCUCGCUAACCCGGCCAUCAACGGCACCACGCCCGACUACGUUGCUGCAUGCGAUUAUAGCGCUUUCGCCGGCGCCCGGAUAGGCGUCGCUCGCAACGUUCUCGAAAUCUACGCGAAAUACACCGACCCUCCUGUCCUUGCUGCGUUCGAGCUAGCAGUCAAGCAGAUCGAGGCAGCGGGUGCCACGAUCGUGGACGCGAAUUUUACGGCUUUCGAGCAAUGGCAGAGCGAUAACAAUGAGACGCUUGUGCUGAAUGCCGAUUUCUUGAUCAAUCUCGCCACGUACUUCUCGGAACUUACGGUCAACCCUUAUGGGAUCGAGAAUCUGGCUGAGGAGAGGGACUUUACGCAUAAUUCCACUGCUGAGAUGUGGCCGGCGCGGGAUACUCUUAUUUGGGAUGGUGCAUUGAAGCAGGGAUGGAAUAAUACUGAUCCGAAAUUCUGGGCAGCGUAUCAAGCCAACCUCUUUUAUGGCGGCGAAGGAGGGAUAUUGGGAGCUUUGUCUCGCACAAACACCAGUGCGGUACUGCUACCUACUCAGCUCAGUCCGGGUAUUCCUGCUCUGGUGGGAAGUCCUGUGGUCACGGUACCCAUGGGUUUCUACCCCGUCAACACCUCCGUUACCUUGAACGGCUACGGCAACCUGGUCGCUACUGGUCCGAACGUACCCUUCGGCCUCUCGUUCAUGGGACCAAAGUGGAGUGAAGCUGACCUCAUCGGUUUCGCGUACGCGUAUGAGCAGAGGACGAUGCAUAGGAAUGAUAUCCAGCCGUACCUGGUGCCGAAUAUUGAGAUUGCUGAUGUGGUUGCUUCGGGAUGA